CGCAACGGUCGUGUAACCGAUCGUUGAAGGCGCCCUGGGCAGCAGCAUGAGCGACGAGGCGGCUGGCGAGGCCGCGAGUCGUUAUUGCGCCGAGAUGGCAGCAUUCUUGCCGACAAUCCCGGAGGAAAUGGGACUGUUCCGCCAGGAAGUGGAGAAGAUGCUGAAUGCCCUGGUCAAGUCGCAAGAGAGCGAGCAGCGGCUACUCCGUCGGACACGCGAGAUCAUCGGGGAGAUAGGAACGAACCAAGACAAGUAUGCGCGAGAAAAGGAGGAGGAGAUGGAGGCGUACAACUACAAGAAGAAGGUGCAGGUCGACAUCGAAGUCAUGUGGAGCCAAGUGGCCAACUCGCACAAGCUCGAGACGGAGAAACAGGCCAAGCUGAACGAACUCCGGACCAACAUUGCGAUGCUGGAGGAGCAGCUCAAGAACGGGUCGGGGUGGAGCGAAGCGCAGGAGGAAAUGAUGGCGAAACUCAAGCGGCAGCGCGCGGACAGCGCCAGGGAAGUCGAGACCAAGACGAACGACUUGGCGCAGAUUCGAAUGGAGGUGGCGUCGCUGCAAGCGCUGGUCACUGAGGCCGAAGACGAGCAGCUCAGACUCGAGGAGGAGCUCGCAAACGUGUCGAACGAGGUCCAGGAGAAGCGGUCGAUGGCGGACAAGGAGACCCGACGCAAAGUGAUGCUGGAAAAGUCGCUCAAAACCCUCAAACACGAAGCGGAGACGUUGAACGCGGAGUGGAAACGCAAGGCGGAGGCGGUUAAGGUCGGCGACGCCAUGUUGAAGCAGAAAGAAGCGACGCUGCGGGAAGCCAAGACGCGCAUGGAAAAGUACCUCAAGCAAUACGACGUUCUGUUUCGAACGACCCAUCAGUUCACAGAAGCAAUGGAAACCCAAUGGCAAAAAAAUGUCGAGUUGCAGAAAGAAAACACCCAAACGGAAGCGGAGAUUCGGGCGAAGGAAGAGAUCGUGGCCAAGAUCGAGAAGGACUGCGCCAAGAUCGAGCAACUCGUGGGUCUUACCAAGGAAAAGAUCGGUCAAGUCAACCAAGCCAAAGACAAGAUCGAUGCCACGAAGGACGAGUACAAGGUCGCGUUAAACGAACUGGUCAACGUCACGAUCGAAGUCGAGCGAAAGCAUGGCGAAGCGAUGAGGAAGACCCUCGACGAUUUGUUGCGUCAGCGUGAGCUGGUCAACAAAAUGCUCGUGCGCGCGGCCGACACCGCCCAGGGGACCCACGACUUGACCAAAAUCCAAGAAAACACGACAAAGAACCUGGAAAACGAAAUCAAUGGAUACCGCCAAAGCGUCAAACAGCAGCGGGACAUGGUCCAGCAGCUCGUGUCGGAGCGGGAUCGGUACGACAAGGAGGCCGAGGUGGCCCAUCGAAAGUAUCGCGCAGCAGUCGAGGAAGCCAAGCUUCAGGACCUCCAAGUGACGUCGCUGCAAGACAAAAUCGCGGAAGGAGAAACCCGGCUCAAGCAACAACAAAACUUGUACGAGGCCGUUCGCAGCGACCGCAACCUGUACAGCAAGAGCUUGAUUGAGUCGCAAGAAGAGAUUGCCGACAUGAAGCGCAAGUUCAAGAUCAUGAACCACCAAAUCGAGCAGCUCAAGGAAGAGAUUACGACCAAGGACCAUUGCCUCGUGAAGGAGCACUUUGACCACCACAAAGUCGACAAGGAGAAAGAAACACUCAAAGCCGAACUGACGCGGAUCAAGAAGCAGAUCCAGAGCUCCGAACAGAUCAUCGCCAACCAAGAGCAAGAAAUCUCGAAACUCGCGUCGAUCAUUCAAGAGGCGGACGAUGAGAAGCAGCGCCAGGUGAAGGAAUUCAACGCAGUCGUCAACGAUCGAGACAACCUGCGGGCACAGUGGAUCCUUCGCAACGAGGAGCUGAAAGCGCUUUACGAAAAGAUCAAGAUCCAAAAGUCGACAUUGAGCAUCGGUCAAGUGCAGUACGAGGAGCGCGUCAAGGAGGUCGACCAGUUGGAGAAGAGGGUUCAGGAUCUUGUGGACGAGUUCAAGAAGACGCAAAACCAAAUUGCGUGCACGGGGGACCUGAAGGCCGAGCUGCUACGUUUGGAGGGAGACCUGCUCCAAGAGCGAACGAAGAUCAAGGCGCUGUCGGAGGAGCUGGACCACCCCCUCAACGUCCAUCGGUGGCGCAAGUUGGAAGGCAGCGAUCCAAAACGACUCGACAUGAUUCGAAAGAUUCAUGCGCUGCAGAAGAAAACGAUCAAAAAGUGCGAAGAAGCGUGCAUGAAAGAUUUGCUGAUUGUGGAAAAGGAAAAGCUGUACGUCGAGCUCAAGAACGUCUUGGCGCGGCAGCCCGGACCCGAAGUGGCUGAGCAGCUCGUCGUGUAUCAAGAAAACCUCAAGAAGAAGCAGGCGCAAAUGAAAGGCAUGGAGAACGAGCUCGAGAUGUACAAGGCCCAAGUUCGAGAAUACAAACACGACCUCGAGCACAUUGACCGAGACAUGCAAGCGCUGCGUGACAAGUGGUUCAACAGUCUCCAUGUGGACCAUUUUCCCGACCACCAACCACAUGAUGAGCAAGUUGCCGCGCCUGUAAUGGAGAGACCGAAGCCCCAACUCCCCCCUGUUCCCGCCCCCAUUGAUGAAUCCAUGUUUGCUUUGAUGUAGCUGUCGGCCUCGUUGGCUGUGGAGCGAAUGUUACGAAAGGCUGGUGGAAACUCUCGGGAGAGGGCAUAGAGUAUGGUGCGGUUUGGAGUAGACCAACGAUGAUGGCUUUUACCCGUACGAGUCGUCUUCAUCACUUUGCUCAAAAGUAACCAAGCUUGGGCCAAACGAAUUUUCGACGAUCUCGAGAGGUGUGGAGCGAACAUUUCGCCAAAGACAACUGCAACUCUGCUUUGAUCACAAUGAAAUGAAAGUUGCUGGGGCGAUCCAAGGCCAUCCUACAGCGCCGCCUGUAGAGAUAAUAGUCACCAUCGCUGUCAACACGAACCGCACCAUACUAUAUUG